CAAUAGAGGCACACCUCCCCCCCUUGAAUUUUGAGGAUUGUCUAGGAAUCACACCUCUAUUGUUUUAACCCUUGAUGGUUUUCGAACGUGUUUGGCUUAGACAACGCAGCAAUGGGGGAAAGCAAAGCACGCCCAGAAAACCUACCAGGAAGAGAGGCCAGAUAAGGCAGGCUGUUCCGAAGCAACCCAUCUCCAGAAAAAAAGGACCCAGAAACUUUUCUGCAAAAUGCUGCCUCUCUCUCUCCUUUUAAAGGGCUGUUUGGCGUUUUCAUUUUUUGAGAAAAAUCUCUUUAUAGCGCAGGGUUUGUUUUUUUCUUAAUUAACUACUCUUAUGGUUCAAUAGAUUGCAUGCUUUCUCAUUUCCUCGCGUCUGCUCUUUGCAAUAUUCCUAGAUUUACUUCACUUAGUGAUCUAUUUUUGCAGAUAUACAGACACAAAUUGAUAUCUCCCCAUCUUCCUGUCAUCUAUAUCUUGUUAAUGCAACUCCUGUUUUUGCUUAUAGAUUUUGACUGAUUGUAGGUUCCAUUGAGCAAUUGUGGGGCGUGCAAAUAAUCUAAGAUUUGAAGGCUGUGUGAUAGCUUCCCCUACACACACAAGCACACUCUUUGAAAAAUCAACAUUACUGUAAGUUUUGUGUAUGACUUUGUUCACCAUCCUGGCUUAUACUGUUUUCAUCUGAUGGUAGGGCACUUUGAGCAAUGUUGGGGCAUGCAAACAAGGAGCAAGUAAUCUAAGAUUUGAGGGCCCUGCAGUAGCUUCCCUGCCACUUUUAAAAGUGAACAUUUUUAUAGACUUUUCCUAUGCCUCUCGUCACCAUGGAGAACCUGGAGGCGAUCGUCCUUGUGAUUUUGGCCACUCAUAACCUGGUCCGACUGCACUUGCACCGCGGGGGCAUUGCUGCCCGUGCCCGGCGAACCAUGAGGCGGGCCAUGGCAAACCAUAUUUCCCUGCUGCACCAGCUGCUGCCGGACAUUUGCCCUGACAGUGAGACCAGGCUGAUGGUGGAAGAGCUCAACGCUGGGCCCCAUCGCUUCUGGUCUCGCCAGAUCAGCCAGGACUGGUGGGAGCGGGUUGUGCUGGAGACCUGGGACCCCAACCAGUGGCUCCAGAACUUCCGCAUGACCAAAGACACUUUCUUGGAGCUCUGCGAGGAGCUGCGGCCUGAGCUUCAGCGCCAGACUACCACCAUGAGAGCCCCGCUCAGUGUGGAGAAGCGGGUGGGCAUCGCCCUCUGGAAGCUGGCCACCACUGAGUGCUACCGGUCGGUGGCCAACCAUUUCGGGGUCGGGCGUUCCACUGUCGGAGAAGUCUUCAUUGAGGUGUGCCUGGCUAUUGAAAAGCUUCUCUUCAAGAAGGUGGUGGCUCUCAAAGACCCCCAAGAGGUCAUGGCGGGAUUUGCAGAAAUGGGCUUUCCCAGCUGUGUGGGUGUCAUGGACAGGACUCACAUCCCUAUCAUCUGUACUGUUCGAAAGGGCACCAGUGUCAGCCAGAAGGGAUUCUUUCCCAUGUCGAUGCAAGGCACGGUGGACCAUAAGGGCCGCUUCAUUGAUAUUGAACUCAGCUGGUGUGGAAAAGACAAGGACACCUCCUUCUUCCGAAACUUGGCCCUGUGUGAAGCAAUGGACCAAGGGUCCUUCGUGCCUGGGAACCCUACAAUGGCUAUUGGCGAUGUCGAGAUCCCCUCACUGAUCUUGGGGGAUGCAACCUAUCCUCUGAAGAAGUGGCUCAUGAAGCCCUUUACUGGCAACCUCACCCCUCGCAAGGAACGCUUCAACUCCCACCUGAGUGACUGCAAGGUAGUGGCUGAACAUGCCUUUGGGCGGUUGAAGGGACGGUGGAGGUGCCUGGCCACCCGCUUGGAGGUUGCAGAAGAGAACAUUAUCCCUGUUGUGGUGGGCUCUGUUGUGCUUCACAACAUAUGUGAAAAUCGUGGGCAUGCUUUGGUCAACGGGCCUUGGUCUCAGGAUGGAGUUUGGGACCAGGCCCCCGAGGGACACCUGAAAUUCCCAACAUCCCCAGAGGAUGCACGGGAUGGGAGCCUGGUGCGGGAGGCCCUGGCGAGCUACUUUAUGAACAGUUCCUAACUCAUUAUAAUGAUUAAAAUGAGAACCCUGUCGUUUCAAAUGCCAGUCUGGGUGAAUUCAGAUGACCUGGGGGCGCUGCCACAGAAAGAGCUCAUGAUUUGCAGUAUCCACUUACGAUGUGAAGGUGAAUUUAUGCUGGUUUGAGAACUUUAUCGCUGAAUUAAAUUUUAUAAAUCAAUAAAAUCAAUCAUUGCACCGCUCUUCCACAACCCUGCAAUUCUGAUUGGUUGCUGACCACUGAAGCAUGGUUACAUUUUCCUCAUAGUGUGGCCUGUAGAAUUAUUGGAUUGACAAUUAUUGUCCCAGGCAGCCCUGUUUCUGUUCUAAAUACUUUACUUGUGAUGGAGCUGAAGAGAAGCCUAUUUGUUCUCCCUCUCCACAGUGUCUGUCACUAUCCAGUAAUCUUGUCAAUUGACCUUUGUCUGGCUCCGUUUUGGGGCUAACUCCCAGAUCCCCCACCCCCCCAGUGGUCAAGGCCUGAUAUAAACAAGGCAGAAUACAAUGUAGAAAAUGAAAGCUCUACAUUUUAAAAAGUUUGU